AUGACAGGUGAUAAGAAAACUCUGCAUCCGGCCUUUGCCGUAACCAACAUCAAAACCCUGAUUCCUAUUCUUCUUGACAUCAAACAAGAUGAAUACUCAUCCUGGGUUUUUCUCUUCGAACUACAUCUACAAGCUCACGAUCUCCUUUUUCUCAUCAACGGAUCCACACCACCAACAGGGAUUGAUGCAAAUACCCUCAAACAACUCGACGCCCUAUGCCGCCAAUGGAUGUUCUCCACCAUGGCCAAGGAUCUCAUGCUCACAAUUCUAAAAUCUGGUAAAACCGCCAAAGAACUUUGGGAUCAUCUUCAAAAGUUGUUUCAAGAUAACAAAGGUAAUCGUGCUGCAACCCUUGAAAGUAAAUUUGUCAAUCUAAAGUUUGUUUACUGUGCUAGUGUCGAUGAUUAA